AUGGGCUACAAAAAUAUCGUAUCAACUACGGAAUGCGGAGGACUAUCAUCGCUAAACGCCGAUGACAGUGACUGUCAGAAAAUAUCGCGAGGAGAAAGGAGGUGUCGAGGAGGGGCCCAUCAGCCUCGAUAUGGUAUAAACACAGCCACAGUCUGCACAUUCAACAAUGAGGCUGAAGCCUUUUUCGCACUUUCAAGUCUAUACCGACAUAUCUUUAUGAUUCAUCUAUUCUCCAACAAAAAGCGAUGCCUAGUACUGUCGGAAUCCUGGCUUCCUGGGGCGUUAACAGGUACGAGCAAGAGCAAUGCGUUUCUUGAAGCGCGACAGCUACCGUACGGCCAUCUCAGUCUGACGGAAGAUUUGGCUACCGACGAUGUUCUGAAGAAGUAUGCCAUACUCUCACAUACAUGGAAGCAUGGCGAGGAGGUGACGCUUGAAGAAUUCAUCAACGGGACGGGAAAGAACAAGGCCGGCUAUAAGAAGAUUGAAUUUUGCGGAGAGCAAGCUGCUCCUGAUGGGUUGGAGCACUUUUGA